CUCUACUUACUAUUUGACGUUUUAUCAAGUCCGAGCCCCAAAAUAAAACUGCAGAUGAUAAAAGCAAGUAGUAAAGCGAUUUUUAUUAUUUUUCUGGUGACAUGGAAAUUUCAUUCAAUUUAAUUAAUGGUUUAUUCACUACGCCGUGCAAUUAAAUUACAUGAAAGUGACAUCUUUAAAUUUUUUUUGGAUCAACAUUGAACUUUGACAUAUAUUUCGCUUACGCACAUACACAUAUAUAUUAUAAUUAAUGGCUACAAAACGACGACCGCUACGUCCAAAUAUGCCCGGUCCGAGUUCUUCUAAUAUGAAUUUUAGACCGGGUGGUCCGGAUAUAAAAAGAGGAGAGGCAAAAGGUACUCGAUCCACAGCUGCCCCAACUAGCGUUAGAGAAAUUCUUGUUAUGAUGAUUAUGCACGCGUGUAAAAGGACAAUUUUUUUCGAUACAAACCUAAAAGUAGCGCUAUAUUUGGGAAGUCUCUUCCUGGUAUCAUUAAUAGGAGAUUUUAUACCAUAUCCGAAAACAUAUUUUGCACGUUCAGACAAUUUAUUUAACGUUUAUUUUGUGAAAGUCGGUUGGGGCUGGACGCUGAUGCUGACAGUACCAUUUCUUGCUAUGACAUCAUACACUUUGUGUUGUGGCGAUAUGAAGAAAAUGUUGCGCCAUCAUAUCCCAAGAAUUGUGGUAGCUACUUUCUUCUGGCUUUUUUGGACUAAGUUCUUUAAUAUUAUCGAGACAUCAUACGGCCGUUGUACAGUAAAAGGAUACGGAACGAAAUCGUCAUGCUUAAAAGCUGGUCACUUAUGGAACGGUUUCGACAUAUCCGGUCACGCAUUUAUAUUAAUAUACUCGAGUUUGGUUUUAAUUGAGGAGGCGCGACCAAUUAUUAAAUGGGAGUCCAUCAAGGAUUAUCUUCGUAAUGAAAUACAUGAUCGCAGCGUUUCGGAGCAUUCAAGCACCAACCCAUUGAGGAAUCUAUCAGAAGAGGAAAUUCGUAAUCUUCAUUUCCUCUAUGAUCGAUUAACGCCAGUCAUAAGAACGUUAUUUAUUGGUAUGUCCACUCUACAAUUACUAUGGGAUGUAAUGCUAGUUGGUACUAUGCUAUAUUAUCAUCACAUGGUAGAAAAAGUAAUUAGCGGCAUAAUAGCCAUCCUUACUUGGUACUUUACUUACCGCUUUUGGUAUCGUACAAAUUUAUUACCAGAUCCUGCUGGUAGUGGAUCAUUCUUUUAUCAAAGAGAAAACAAAGAUACGUUUGUCUACGGACGCCGACCGACAAUGAUGACACCGGCUGGCCCUUCCACGAGCAGUGGCAGUCGGAGCAAUAUGCCUAGCGGCUCUUUUGGAUUGUCAGCACAACCUAAAUUUAUGGGCAUGCCUUUAUAUACCAAUGCAAGAAAUGCGAAUGCUGCUGGAAGUCCAAAUCUAACGGGAGCGAAUAAUAACGGCAAGGAGGUGGAUUCCUAGUUGAAAUGUUUGAAUUUUGGGUAGCUUUUUAGUAUUUAAUUGUUUUGUUCGUAUCUGUUGCUUAGUAUAUAUUAAGAUAAACAUUGUGAAAGAUGCAAAACACAUCUACGGAGGCUUACUGAAAUGGUAAUGGUGAACUCGUUGUUAACAUUAAGUACGAAAUAUUAUGAAUUUUUACAUCUUAUAGACUACUCCAUGACAAAAACUUAGUUUCUAUUUUUCUAUGGGUAAUUUUUGUGUAUAAACCACCAACAAUCAAUCAUAAAACUAUAAUUUUGUCAAAAGUAAUAUGUGUCUUUACUGGUUCGUGGAAACGCAAUAAAUUCUUUACUUCUCCAAUUUCGCCU